AUGAUAAGAAUUAUCUAUCCAAGAAAAAUCCCGAUGAUGGAGACUGAAAUCUUCCGCAAACACAUUUCCCCCGACUUCCCCGAUCUAUAUUCCGAGAUUGCACCUACGUGCCCUUUGGUUAUGGUGAAUAGUAAUGAACUCUAUGAACAAGCUACACCGACACUACACAAAGUUGUGAACAUUGGUGGAAUUGGAAUGCAAUUCAAAGAUGCUAAGCCAUUGGAUCAGGAAUUCCAAUCAUUGGUCGACAAAUCAAAGGGUGUCUUCAUUAUGUCUUUCGGCUCAGUGGCCAAUGCAACAAUGAUGCCAUCACAUUGGAAGACUUCUUUAAUGGAAGCAUUCUCUCGUUUCCCCGAAUAUCAAUUCGUGAUGCGAUACACGUCAAAUGACAUGGAUGAAUUUAAACCGAAAAACGUGAAACUUACGAAAUGGAUUCCACAAGCUGAUCUGUUAAAACACCCAAAAACACUUGGAUUCAUCACUCAUGGUGGUCAAAACAGCAUUCAGGAGACAAUCCUUGCUGGUAAGCCUAUGCUUGCCAUUCCACUAUUCGGUGAUCAAUUUCGCAAUUCUCGAGUCGCCGAGCAAAUGGGAAUGGGAUUGGUGAUUGGGAAAGCUGGGAUGAAUGCCGAUUUCAUUGCUGAAUCGAUUAGAAAAUUGAUUGAGGAUAAAAGUUAUCUCCAAACAGCUAAACGACUUUCAAAUAUGGCAGCAAAGAAGCCGAUUAAACCUGAGGAAUUACUCAAUAAAUGGACAACUUUCCUAGCUGAAUUCAAGACUCUUGAGAACCUUGUCCCAGAAGGAGUCAAUCUCAAUUUCAUUCAAUAUCAUUCACUUGAUGUCAUUGGAUUUUUGUUGACUGUUGCAUUCUUGGUGUUAUACUUGCUUUUCUGCACACUACGAGCACUCUUCCGCUAUUCAGCUAAAGUCGCUGUUUUCUAUUUAGAGCUAUCGAACAGUCAGGUUAUAUUCAAUAAACGAGUUGCUGAAUCAUUGGCCGAUCAUGGACACGAUGUGACACUUGUUCCAGUUCAAGCAUUCGAUUUAAAGAAAAAUGUGCAAUUUGAUUCAAAGAUUAAAGUCCACGUCGUUGAUGCGAAAGGUGAUCUAACCCAUGAAGAGAUUGAAAAGGCUCAAUCGGAGAGCAUCUUUAAUGAUCUCCCCUUUUGGGAUAAACGAAAUUUCGCUCUUAUGGAGAAAAUGUCGAAGAUGAUGAUGGACUCGUGCAAUAAAACUAUUCACAACAAGGAAUUCCUUGAAUGGAUCAAAGAGCAAGAUUUCGAUGUCUCCUUCACGCAUAUGUAUGAUUAUUGUAUCAUGGGAAUGCUUCAUGCUGCCAAGGUUCGAUCUUGGGUGUGGCUAAGCUCGGGUAGUUUAAUCGAAUAUGUGGCUGAUGCGGCUGGUGUUCCUCUCAUUCCCAGCUACAUGCCACCCAAAGCCAUGGACGCUGCAGCAAAGAUGACAUUCUAUGAAAGAAUUAAGAGUCUCAUCGGGCAUAUUAUGAUGAAAUGCUUAUAUCCAAGAAUGAUUCCAUCGAAGCAAACCGAACUGUUCAGGAAGUAUCUGUCGCCUGAUUUUCCGGAUCUUUACACUGAAGUGGCCAGAUCGGCUCCUCUGAUCAUGGUGAAUAACAAUGAACUCUACGAUCAAGCAGAACCAACUCUCCAUAAAGUGGUGAAUAUUGGAGGGUUGGGAAUGCAAUUCAAAGAUGCUAAGCCAUUGGAUCAAGAAUUCCAAUCAUUGGUCGACAAAUCAAAGGGUGUCUUCAUUAUGUCUUUCGGCUCAGUGGCCAAUGCAACAAUGAUGCCAUCACAUUGGAAGACUUCUUUAAUGGAAGCAUUCUCUCGUUUCCCCGAAUAUCAAUUCGUGAUGCGAUACACGGCAAAUGACAUGGAUGAAUUUAAACCGAAAAACGUGAAACUUACGAAAUGGAUUCCACAAGCUGAUCUGUUGAAGCAUCGAAAGACGAUCGGCUUCAUCACUCACGGUGGUUACAAUAGUAUUCAAGAAACGAUAGUUGCCGGGAAACCGUUGAUCUCAAUUGCGCUUUUUGGUGAUCAACCGAGAAAUGCCAGAGUGGCUGAACAAAUGGGAAUGGCUGUAAGAGUUGACAAGAAUACCUUGACAGCUGAUGCGGUGGCUUCGGCAAUUAAAGCUCUCAUUGAGGAGAAGAGCUACACCGAGAAAGCUGAACGUUUGUCGGAAAUGGCUGCCAAAAAGCCGAUUAAACCUGAGGAAUUGCUUGAUAAAUGGACAACGUUUCUAGCCGAAUUUCAGACUCUGGACAAUCUCAUCCCUGAAGGCCAAAAUCUGAACUUUUUCCAAUACUAUUCUCUCGAUGUGAUCUCAUUUUUGUUGUUUGUGAUUUUCUUCGUCUUGUACAUUAUUUUCGCUCUUCUGCGUGCUUUUGUUCGAUGCAUUUGUUGCCGAAAAAACGUUAAAGCGAAAAAGGAU